AUGUGUAAUAACACCAGUGAUCAAGCUACAGAAUUUCUUCUUGCAGGUUUCCCAUAUCUUCAUGGUUAUCAGCCUGGAUUAUUCACUAUGCUCCUGAUAAUUUACUUCACAAUACUUCUAGGAAAUGCUUUGAUUCUGAUUGCAUCUGUGACAGUUCAGAAGUUGCACAAGCCCAUGUACUUCUUUCUUUGCAACCUAGCUGUUUUAGACAUUAUAUACACUACCUCAUCCAUACCAAAACUGUUAGCAUUGCUUCUAUUUAAUGUCAACAAUAUUUCUUUCACUGCAUGUUUUAUACAGAUGUGCUUUUCCCACACCAUGGGACUAUUUGAAAGUUUCCUUCUUAUGGUAAUGGCAUAUGAUCGCUAUGUAGCAAUAUGUAACCCUUUGCAUUACUCAACCAUUAUGAACAAACAAUUUAAUGUUCACAUAACAGCGAGCAGCUUUGUAGCAGCUUCUGUCAUUAUUGUGGCACUUACAAUAUUCACUGCUCAUUUACCCUAUACUGGUUCAAACAUAAUUAAUCACUGCUUUUGUGAUCAUUUCUCUAUUGCCAAAUUAGCUUGUGCAGAUAUUACACUACUUGUUAUAUGGGUAAUGUUAAUUAUUGUAGUGCUAGUUUUAAUACCCUUUUCAUUUGUGGUAUUUUCAUAUGUCAAUAUACUCAGAGCUGUAUUGAAAAUGAAUUCUGCAGUAGGUCGUCAGAAGACAUUUUCUACAUGCAGCUCUCAUCUAACAGUCGUAGUCAUUUACUAUAUAUCAAUUGUUAUUAGUUUUUCUUCAUACAGACCGGGUGACGUUUCUGAUGACUUCCAUGCUCUGGGUACUAUUUUUUCUGCUGUGUUUGCUCCUGCACUUAAUCCAGUUAUUUAUACUCUAAGAAACAGAGAUAUUCAACAAGGUAUUAAAACAUUAAUAAAAGCCAAAACAGUGGCUCCAAAAAUAUAA